AUGCCGACAGCCAAGCGACAGAAGAAGGGGGCGGCAUCCCAGCCCAAGGAUCAGGCGCCAUCAGAAGCUGCAGCGGUCGGUGGUGAUCGACCUACUGUUUCCGAGAUCGAAGGCGAGAAUGAGUUUUCUCAGUUGGCGCGGAAACACUGGUUGAAACCCAGAAAGAAGGGCUCGGCCGUCAAGGUCAAGAACGACAUACUAAAAAAGGAUAUAUGGUCGGUUCUGGAGCGGGAUAAUUUCCCCGACAAGUCGUUGCUUGUUCUUGAGGGACUCCAGACGCUCGAGAGUUAUCUGUGGCCUGGCUACUCCGACGACUCUUCCAACCACCAUGUCAUCCUGAUCGUUCUGCUCGUGAACGUCAAGCGAAGGGAGCAGCUUGAGUCAUGGACAAUAUUCGAAGAUCGACCAGACGAGUUUUCCGGUCUUUUCCGCCGGGUUCUGACCAUGACGUUGGAUCACACCCUCUCCCCGAGCAUCAGAAGCCAUCUGCUGUCAUUCCUCAUAUCAGCCUUCCAGAGCCUGGACUGCGCUAUUGUGCGGAAAGAGUGCGCGCCGUUGGUCUCAAUAUCCAUUUGGCACAAUCUCUCGACAGACACGCUCAGGGAGACGAAGCUGGAGCAAUAUCCCCAUGUCAGGAAGGCAUGGAGGGCAGCCGCGAAGAGGCAUGAUGCAGCAGACGAAGUCACUAAGGCUCGCUUGCGCUUCGAGCGCUCCUGGCUGUAUACGCUUGUGUUGGACUUCUUGAAACGAUUGUACGAUGAAGACACGAAGCCUGAUCUUCUCAGUCAGUUGCCGACUCGAAGAUAUGUCAAUACGCUGCUAGCUGAUUUGCAUCUCUUGCCGGCUAUGCGGCUCUCGCCAAUGCUGAACGACGAAGACAAUGGCCUUCUCCGGGACUUGCAUGUGCUCUUGAGCCACUAUGCGUACUUUACAAUCGAUGACCAAACCGGAGCACAACUAAGUCAGACGGAGGCGUACGAGAAACAUUGCGCUGCGAUCGGACGACUGCAAAGAGUAUGCAUGAAGCACUUCCAAGACAAGUUGCUGGUUCUCGCGCUCUCUAAUGUAGGCUCAAUCGACAAGAGGGAAGAUCUUGCAGCUCUUCUGGAACCUCUGCCUCGGGCGGAACUAGAACGGCUCGUAGGCUUACUGAGCCUACGCACCAGCUACCCCGCGGGCUUGGAAUCAGUAUUUGACAAGGACAGCUUCCUUGUCGAGAUCCUCCUUUCCAAUUACGAGGGACGGAAAACCUUCCAGCAGAUCGCCCAAAACCUCAGCCUGGUGCCUACGGAAAAUUCUUUAUUCGAAAGCAACCUUAUCCGAGCCGAAAAGUAUGAUGGAACUCAUCCUCUUGCGAUGCCGAAACUGAACCUGCAAUACCUCUCCGUGGGCGACUUUCUUUGGAGGUCUCUGACGCUUUACCGAUCAGAGGCCUUUUACGGAAUUCGAAAGGACGUUGAGACCGCGGUUCGGCGACUCCGUCCCGAGGCACCGAAAGCUGGCGAAGUCAAUUUUUUAGGCUCUUCAAAGAUGGCCCUGCCGGCAUCUAAAGUUUCCAUACUUGAAGUGGUUCCUGCGCUAGUCGGAGACGACAAACCAUCGACUUAUUCCUGGGAUAAUGGCGAUCCCGCCGGGGCAACCUACAAGCAAUUACCCAAUCGAGUCAAGAGGCUCGACUAUCGGGACACCUUUCUUGACUGGCAACACCUCAUUGAGAGCCUGCCUGGCAAAAUUAUUGAGCCUAACGACGAUGCGUCAGGGAGCUUCGGACCGCCGUACGUAUUGGAGGCUGCAGAUACGCCAGCUGUCCUGCUGCCGAAACCCACCAAGAAGCGUAGACGGGACGCGGAGCCCCCACUGUCGGUAGAGGUGGAAACCGUCAAAGUGUCCACAUACAAGCCGCCGAACGAGGGUCCCUUCCCAGUUGACGCCCCGAAGUUGAAUGCUGUUCGCUUCACUUCGGCCCAGAUAGAGGCUAUCACAUCCGGGUCACAGCCAGGCUUGACGGUCAUUGUCGGGCCACCGGGUACAGGAAAAACCGACGUUGCGUCUCAAAUCAUCAACAACAUCUAUCACAACUUCCCUGAGCAGAGGACUCUCUUGAUCGCACACAGUAAUCAGGCAUUGAACCAACUCUUCGCCAAGAUUAUCGCUCUAGACAUUGAUGAGCGCCACUUGCUACGUCUAGGCCAUGGAGAAGAAGAUCUUUACACGGAGGGGAGCUUCAGCAAACAUGGUCGAGUCGAGUCGUUCCUGGACAACCGUGACCGCUAUCUCCAAGAGGUCAAUCUUCUUGCAUCUAGUAUUGGUGCUCCCGGGGCGCAUGGUAACUCUGCUGAGACGGCUGGCUACUUUAACUCGGUUUACAUUGAGCCUGCGUGGGCCAAAUUCAUGGAAGCAGCAAAGUCGGAGACAGCUACGACUGCCACUGUAAUCGAGGCCUUCCCCUUCCACAGGUUCUUCUCCACAGCACCUCAACCCCUCUUUCCUGAUGAUGCCGAUCACCAGAAGGCGCUGGAAAUUGCCGAAGGGUGUUAUCGUCAUAUCUCCAAGAUUUUCUCAGAGCUGGCUGAUGUCUUGCCGUUCGAAAUUCUUCGAAGGGACAAAGACAAGUCCAACUACCUGCUCAUCAAUGAGGCACGUAUUAUUGCAAUGACCUCGACACAUGCUGCUAUUAAGCGCGAAGAAAUUGCCUCGCUCGGCUUCAGGUACGACAACGUGGUCAUGGAAGAGGCUGCACAGAUUACGGAAAUAGAGAAUUUCCUUCCUUUGGCUAUGCAGAAGCCAAAAGACGGGCAGAAUCUUUUACAGCGUGUUGUUCUCUGCGGCGAUCAUCUUCAGAACUCGCCCGUUAUCCAGAGCCACGCAUUCCGUCAUUAUGCAAACCUUGAGCAGUCACUCUUCUCACGACUCGUGCGGCUCGGUGUCCCGACCAUCAAUCUUGAUCAACAGGGCCGAGCUCGACCUGCGAUUGCCAAUUUGUACAAGUGGAGGUAUCCCAAGCUGGACAGCCUGCCUCACGUACAAGCUAGCGACGAGUUCCUCAAGGCCAAUGCUGGCUUCAAGUUUGAUUAUCAAUUUAUCAACGUGCCCGACUACAAGGGAAAGGGCGAGGCAGAGCCAACGCCUCAUUUCAUCCAGAACCUCGGCGAAGCCGAAUACGCCGUGGCCAUCUACCAAUACAUGCGGCUUCUGGGUUAUCCCGCGUCAAAGAUCAGCAUUCUCACGACAUACGCCGGGCAGCGCGCCCUGGUCAAUGAUGUACUGGCACACAGAUGCAGCAACAAAGCCAUCUUUGGACGACCACGUGUCGUCUCUACUGUCGACAAGUAUCAGGGCGAACAAAAUGACUAUAUCAUCUUGUCCUUGACACGCACGUCUCGGGUUGGCUACUUGCGAGACGUCCGACGCAUGACUGUCGCUCUCUCGCGAGCUCGUCUGGGUCUCUACAUCUUGGGACGGCGGGAUGUUUUUGAGGCAUGCUAUGAACUACGUCCAGCAUUCGAGCAGCUCUUUCAGCGACCAGACAAAUUGAUGCUGGUCACUGGUGAAAUGUGGCCAUCUCAGCGACUUAUCGCCUCAGAAAGCGGAGAGGUGCCGGGUGAAGCAUGUAUGGAGGGCGUUGAGCACCUUGGUCAGUUCGUGUACCAGAUGACCAACACGAAGGUGAAGCAGCUCGAGGCUGAACAAAAUCCGGGAGGUGCUGGCCUCAUGGCUAUUGAAGAGGCGCCUGCAGAAGAGGCUGGCGAUGAGGAGGCUGGCGAGGGGGAUCCUGAGUCGGCGGCUGCGGGAACGGAGGGCUGA